AUGCUCAACCACAGCCAGGGAGUUUCCAAAGCCAACUUUGUGCGCAAGGCCAUGCGAAAGGUGAAGACGCUGUUCAAGGACGGAGGAAUAGCAGAGGAGGUUCAGGAACUCAAGAGCCUAGUCCGCGAGCAGAGCGAGCGGGGGAAACGCUACUAUGACAUCAAUCAGUGUCUCGCCGCCUCAGCACAGCCGGUGCUCUUGGAUCCUCGAGCACCUGCACUCUUUCAGGAGGCCAGCGACUUGUGGGAAUUGAUGCUCCUCGUGAGGAGAUCAUCCGGUUAUUGA